AUGGCGUCGAAAGAAACGGAGGCUUAUGCAGCAGGAUGUAAUAUAGUAAUAUUGGCUAGUAAUUUUGAGAGAGUUCAAAUUAUACCAGGAGUAACUCAUGGUAAUAUAAAAGUUAGCUGUAUUGACUGCUCAUCAGAUACUGGAAAGAUAGCUGCUAGUUAUGGCAGAAAAGUACAUAUAUUUGAACCUACUCCUCUUAUUCAUGAAACCAGUCAUAAAUUGGAUUAUAAGUGGUACCUUACAGCCACCAUAGAAGUUGAUUGUUUUGUUAAUGCUUUAACAUGGAAUAUGGAAGGUUCCAAAUUAUUGACUGGGGGUGAUAGUAUAUGUAUUUGGCAAUUUGAAAUGAAUGAAAGAAAUGAAGAUGAAGGGAGUAAUAAGAAAGUACAGUUUAGUUUAGGAACAGAUGAUGAAGAUCCACUGAUUAAUCAACUAUCUCAUGCUUUACAUGGUGAUAAUAAAGAUACUCUAACACAUGGCCCUGGUUCCUGGCAGUGUGUCUGGAGAUGCAAACCUGCUACUACUGUCUACCAUUUAAAAUUCUCACCUGAUGGAUUUCUGUUUGCUUCAGCAGGAAAGGCUGAUCGGUUGGUUAAGAUAUGGUACGAAGAUAGAAAAGUAACACCACAGUUAAUAAGAACUGAUAGUAUUAGUCCCAAGAAAGAUGAAAUGCAUUAUUCCUUUGUUUAUAUUGCACAUCCUAGAUCUGUUACAGGAUUCUCUUGGAGAAGAACUAGUAAAUAUAUGCCACGAGGUUCAGUAGCUAAUAUGUUAGUCACAUCAUGUUUAGAUAAUGUUUGUCGUAUUUGGUGUGAAACUAUAUUACCUGAUGAUGGUUUAGUUGAUUUAGAACAGUUUGAUCCCAGUUCAACACUAGAUGCUAAAUAUAAUACCAGUAGACAUAAAAAACGCUUUAUGCAGAGAUUAAAAACUAUCAGACAUGCGAUACACAAGAGAAGAAAACAACCAAAAUAUGGUCCUGAAACUGUAAUGAGUGUGGGUAAUUUAUCUAGUAUGGGUAGUGUACAUGACUUCCACAAGUUUGCUAUUCAUCAUAAUGGUGUCUCACCUGUAUUACAUUUCCAUUUAGCUGGUAGUAUUAACCCAGAAACAGAUAUUCCACUACAACCAGUAACUGGUAAUAAAGGUGAUGUAGAGCAUAAUUUUAAAAUUAAUUGGUUGAAUAAUAAAGAAUUACAGUUUACAAUAGAAGCUGAGAAAAUAUUACAAGAUUUAUAUAAACAAUUAUCUUAUGAAGAUCAUAAUACCACCAACCAGAAUGAUGAAGAAGAUCAUGAUUCUAGUCAUGAUAAUUCUGAUAGUGAUCAUGAUGAUCAAAGUCAGAAAAAGAAGAAAGCUGGUUUUUUUAAAAGAAGGGGUAAAUAUAAAAAUAAAGGAUUAGGAAGUCAUACAGACAGCGCUAGUAGUUUAUCAUCAGACCAUGGAUCUGAAGGCAGUAAUCCGGAAUUCUCGACGUCAAUGAUGGAUAAUAUAGAUAGAAAGAUAGAAGUAUUGUUAAGAGAUUGGCAUCAGAAUCCUGAUAUGUUAUUUAGUAUACAUCCUGUAGAUGGUAGUUUUCUAGUCUGGUUGGUAGAUUGGUUAGAUGAAUAUACACCAGUAUGUUUUAGACAAGCACAAGUCAGUUUUUCAUCAAGAUUACCUCAUGCCUUCCCUAUAGCAGAUGCUAGAUCCAUGUCGAGUAACUUGUUAAUGUAUUGUAACUAUAGUAAAAUGGAUAUAAAAUCUGCCAUGAAACUUAGUCCAUUAUCUAAAUCUGGUGGUAUAAUAGAACUAGCUAGGAUAAAUGCUCCCUCAGUCUCAGCUUUUGCUAAUGUGGCCUGGGUACCAACACUUCUUCCAAGUACAUCAUUGGGCUCCUACAGUAAUUCACCUAGUGCAUUGUUUGUAGCAUCAGAUGGCUCCCGUUUAAGAUUAUAUCAAGCUUUAAUAGAUGCUAGAUCAUUAUUAUCUGAUUCACAGAGUAAACAAGAGACUCAAGGAAUGAGUUUUUCUAGUACGAGUUCUAGUUUUAAAGUUGAUAAUAAUACUAGUAAAUUACCUAGUGAAUUAUUUAAUAUAGUUAGUGAACAAUCUUCCUCUAGACCAGGCUGUAUCAUAGAAUUAGAGGGUAUUAACGAUGCCAUGCAGGAUUGGCAGAAUGUACAGUUAUUACACGUAUUCCAAGAACAGUUAGUUACUGGUAAGAUGUCUUCACAUGAUGCUGCCACCAUGGGAGGAGCUAUAGUUGAUCUACGAAAUGUAGGAGUAUUUGAAGAGAAUUUCUAUCUAGUUGUAUUAGAGAAGAUGGUAGAGGGUGGUAGUGUAUUACACAUGUGGAAAAUCACGAUCUCUUCGCAACCUGGUGGUGGACAUGAAGGAUAUGAAAAUAGUCAGUAUUCUGGUAGUGUAUUUGAAGCAGAAUAUGAUACUGGUACUAGUUCUGGUGAUACAUCACCUGAAGAUAUGAAUCCUAGAAUGUCUACUGUUAUGACCAUGUCUAUCACUACUACUAAGGUGUGUACACAAUCAUUAGAUCUACCAGAUGAUGUUGAUGUUAUAUGUGCUACAGUGUCUGCUGGUCAUUUGAGUUCAGCUUCUAUCUAUCCAGCCUGUUUCGCUCCCUAUCAACUAGUGACAGCCUGUACAGAUGGUGAAAUAAGAUUCUGGAAAUGUGACUUGAUAGAUCUAGGUGAAGGUAGUCUUGGUUUAACCAGUACUAAUAUGAGUUGUUUAAGUGUAACAAGCUAUGAGUUUUCAAUGGACAAUGAAGGAAAGAACAUCAAGCCACAUGUUAUAACUGAAGUUAAAAGUCAUCCACAAGAUGUGACGUUUAAUUGGUCGGAAUGGGAGAUGAUGAGCCCUGUUCAUGCUUCAAGCUCUAUUGCUUUAACUGGUCGUCCAAUAACCAUCAGUUGUGCAUAUAGUGGUAGAUUUUCUGUAGCCUAUAGAUAUGGUCAUAUUACAACCCAGACUGAUAAUCUAACUGAUAAAUUUGUUAAUCUAUGUGUUGCUAUAUAUGAAUGUGAAUCCACAGGGGGAUCUGAAUGGGUUUUAGAAGAUACAAUAGAAUUAAAGAAUAUCAAGAUACCAGAUCCCAAGUCAGAAAUAGAUUUAGAUUUAAUAUUAAAUCCUGAUAAAAACCGCCGUGAUAGUACACCUGGUGGUAUAUCUCCUUCUUCUUCCAUAGUAAACAUGACCCGGACUAAAUCAGUACCCAGUUUAUGUACAAUACAAACUGUACGAAAAUCUAUAGCUGAGCAAGGUAACAGACUUGGUGUUUUACAACAGAAAUCACUUGUACAGCUAGACUGGGUAUCAACUGAAGAUGGAUCUCAUAUUUUGACAGUUGGUGUUGGUCCAAAAAUACUCACUUACUCUCAAGUUUCAAAUGAAAUAGCACAAGCAUCAACUAAAGCCAUGUCCUCACUACAAGAGAAGCAACCCAAAGAACAAGUGAAGCGAGCUAGACCACUACUACAGAAGUCUAAAUCUUUAGUGAUGGAAGAUUACCAAGAGGAGAUCAGGUGGAUGAGAUUACGAGCAGUAGAACUAAAUACAGCAGACGGAUUACCACCAUUACCCAUGCAUCUAUCCUGGGUUCGAGCUGGUAUACUUGUCAUUGGUAUGGACAAUGAAAUGCAUGUGUAUUCCCAAUGGAGAGAUCCUCUUGCUCCUGAUGAUGAUGUGGCUGACAAUAAAGAUGACUUCAACAUUGAUAAACGCACAUUAACUGAAGCCAACUUAACCCAAUUUACAACUGGUAGUGUCCGCAAUAAUUUCAACAAACGAUCAACAUUUAAAGCUUCAUAUUCCAUGCCAAGUUUUAAGCAUGCCAGUAAAAACUUCUCACAUGUCAGUCUGAAGAAAAAGGAAUGGCAAAAAUCUGAACAAAAUUCCACGACUUCUAAAAGUAGUUUACAAAGAAGUGAUAGUUUGACUAGUUUAUCUGUGAUUCAUGAUUUUGGAUUGUUUGAGGCUGCCAGAAUGGCUAAUCCAGUUUUACCUCAAUAUCACCCAAAACAAUUAAUGGAAUUGUUAAAUUUUGGUAAAAUAAAACGUGUUAAAGCUAUUUUAGCUCAUCUAGUAAGAUGUAUAACUGGUGGUGAAGGGAUGCAGUCUGUAUUUGUUGAUGAUACUGAAGAUGAUGGAAGAAGAUUCAGAUCUCACAGUGUGUCUGUAUCAGCUGUAGGAAAAGACAACCCAGUGAUAGUAGAGGAUGUGUCCAACUUUGCUGAAAUAAAUUCCAUUCCACCAUUACCAAUGUAUGCUUUACUGGCUGCUGAUGCAGACAACUCUGGUAUUAACAUGGAGAUUGCUAAAUCAGGGGCAGUAACUUCACCUAAUAAAGCACAACAAGACUACACUGAUUUAUUUGUCACCAAUGUAAUGGAUGAUGAAGAAUUUGAUAUCAAUGAUUUAUCAACUUCAGCAGAUAGUGCUGGAGGGAAACGUAGCAAACUUUCUUCAAGUACUCCAGCUCAAAACCCUUAUCUAUUUAUACCAUCUCAAGCUAAAGUAUUAGCAGAUCAUCUACUUCAAGUACAGUUACCAGGUCUAUCCAGUCUUGAUCAGAUGUACCUCAUGGCUCUAGCUGAUACUGUAGCUAGUACUAAAACAGACCUUGCUGAACAAAUCUCCAAACCAGAACAAGAUGAAGCUGCUGUUGAAGGUGAACCAAGCCUAUCUCUAGCAACUGAAUCUAUGGAUGAUUGUGGUUUAAGAUUUCUAUUAGCUAUGAGACAUCAUAUCUAUCUGUUAGGUACCUUAUUACCAGGACCACGUAGAGCAUUGGCUAAAAAUGGUCUCAAAUCAUUUAACCUUGUUUGGGCUUUUCAUUCUGAAGCUACAGAGGAACUGUUAUCCUUUAUACCAAGUAUGAAGAAAGGUGAGCCAAUAUGGGAAGAAUUAAGACAAUUUGGUGCUGGUUGGUGGGUUAAUAACCUCCCACAAUUAAAGAAAGUCAUAGAGAAGGUAGCAAAGUCAGCUUUUCAAGCCAAUAAAGAUCCAUUAGAUGCUGCACUGUUCUAUUUAGCUAUGAAGAAGAAGAAUGUAUUGUGGGGAUUAUACAGAUCUGUGGAUAAUAGAAAGAUGAGUGACUUCUUUAAGAAUGAUUUUACUCAAGAAAGAUGGAGGAAAGCUGCUCUGAAAAAUGCAUUUGCUCUUUUGGGAAAACAAAUGUUCAUGCAAGCAGCUGCAUUCUUUUUACUUGGAGGAUCCUUGAAUGAUGCCAUCAAUGUAUGCCUAGAAAGAUUAAAUGAUAUACAGCUAGCUAUAGUUAUCUGUAGACUAUACGAUGGUGAGGAGAUGUUACCUUUAAGUGUCCAGAAAAUACUCAAUACCAAUAUACUAGGAUAUGAUGAGAGUGGUGACAAUUAUAAUCCACGACAUUCUCAUCCUAAUCCUUUCCUACGCAGCAUGUCAUACUGGAUGUUUAAAAAAUAUAAAGAAGCUCUGCAGACUCUACUCCAGACUAAAGUUGGUCGUCCUAAACUGUCUACUGAAACUGAUCUAGAUGCUGCCACAAUUACUCCCAAUGUUUUUAACUUUUAUAAUUAUCUACGAACUCAUCCUCUACUUGUUCGUCAACAAUUAGCAUUGGCCUCUCCUGGACAUCGUAAAGCUGUUAUGACAGGAUUCACUAAAUCAAACAGCGUGGCAGUUCAAGAUCAUAAUAUAACAACCAUUGAUAAGGUCACACCAAUGGAACGUAGACUGUUUUUCGCAACAGCUCAUGUUCAUUUCAAAAAUGGAUGUCCACUUCUUGCUCUAGAAGUUUUAUCCAAAUUACCUCCUGUUGUUGAUGAGAAGGAAAAUGAGAAAAUAAUGAACAAAAAUAAUUUAAUGAUGAAUCAAAAUGGCUCUCUCAGUACAGGAACAUUAGAAUCUUCAGACCUGAAGAGUUCAAAUGUGGAAGAUAACUCUAAAGCAAGUGAUUUUGAUUGGAGUCAACCAGUAACCAGUGAAAAGAAAGAAACUGCAGAUGCUUUUGACUGGAGUCAACCCUUGUCUAACGGUACCACAAGUAGUAUAGAUUGGGGAGAACCAAUUUCUUCACAAAAAAUAGAAAAGGCAGACGACUUUGAUUGGAGCACUCCAACAUCAAGAGUAAGAUUUGAAGAUGAACCAGAAUUUACUCUAGGAUCUUCUAGUGAAGAUGAAGAUGAGGAAAUCAAUAAAGACAUUCCAACUGUGACAGUAGAAGAUCCAUCUGGUGUGAUCACCACUGAAAAACCUUCCCAGAAAAUAGACAUAAUGGCACAACAGUAUAAAUUUAUAGCUUGUUUAAAGGUAUUAAUGGAAGAACUGGGUACACUAGCUACUGGGUUUGAAGUGGAUGGUGGACAGCUUAGAUAUCAGUUAUAUAUUUGGUUAGAAAAAGAAGCUGAGAUAUUGAAAGCAUUAUGUAGUUAUGGUGUAGAGGAAGACAUUUCUCAACAUCCACUUGCAGAUACAACAUUAGAUAGUAGUAGAGAUUCAGAUGACAUGUUGGAACCAGUUCGACCUUCUAGAUCUCUAUCUAUACGUUCCGAUACAUCCGCUAGUAAAGCUUCAUUACACGAAGUUAUUAUGUCAGAUAAACUUGAUCUCGAAGCCAAAAUGGAGAGAAUGUCGCGACGAAAACAAUGGUUAAAAAUGAAUCAGCAAUUGUUACGAACAUUAAUUAGUUAUUGUAUAAUGCAAGGAUCAGGAGGUGGUGGUCUUGCGUCUGUUAGAAUGGAAUUAUUAUUGUUAUUACAAGAACUUCAACAAGAGAAACCACAGCAUCAAUUACUAUCUCCAUUACCCUUCCCAACCACAUUACCAUUACUAUCAGCUAGUAUAGCUAGUUCUAAAACUGUUAUAUCAGAUCCUAUUCAACAUUUACAAUGUAUGUCACAAGAUAUGUUACACACUAUAAUAGAACUUCUCUUACCACCUGGUUUAUCUACAGAUCUCAGUAAUGUAUAUUUAUUACGUAACCUGGCUGUCGCCCUAUCAUCAUGUAUAUACCAAUGUCUGUGUGACAGUGAUAAUUUUGUCGUAUCAUUAAAUGAUAAUAUGGAUAUUGGAUUAGAAGGCUUUUCUAGUCCUAAUUUUGCGUGUCAAGCUAGUUAUUUAAUGACUGGUAUUAAAAGAAGACGUGGUAGAUCACAUAGUGGUGGUGUUGGCGAUGAGAUGGUUAAUACACCAGCUGCUAAGUGGCCAGGUGUAACAUCAUUAAAAGUAUUAUUAGCUAGAGAAAAAGAUGAGGAUGCUCCAAAAUUAAAUAUAUUAUUAACGGAAUCAUUAUUAGCUGUUUAUAUAAGUUUAUUAGUUAAUGGUUUAUCUACCUAUGAUCCUCUCUUACUAUACCGACUGGUAGCUCAUAAAUUUGAUGAAAAAAUGUGGAGUGCACUGUUUGGUGGUGGAGCUAAAACAAUUUUUAAAUCUAAUAACCCAAACAUUCCUUUAACAAAACCAUCAGAAGAUGAACUAGCUAAACAUAGGAUGAGAUUAAACAUGAGAGUAAUGGGAUCCUCACCUUCACCAAAACCAGCAGAAAUGAAAGAAUCUUAUAAAGAGAAGUUUAUACCACCAGAACUUAGUAUGAUUACGUUCUUUAUGACAAAACCUUUUGUGCCAUCAUCAGAGUCUGUCAUCAGUUAUGAUUCUGAUGAUUCUGUUUUAUCUGAUGAUGAACCUGCUAGUGAUAGUGAAGAUGAUUUUGAAGUCUCAAGACCUAAAACAUUGGCGUUGGAUAAUAUGCAACAACAUAGUGAUCCUAAUUCCUACAGUUGGUGUUUAAUAAGAUAUUGUAUAGUACAUCAUAUAUAUCAUAAUAUACAGUUAUUUUUACCAUUAGUUGGUAUUGAAUUAGCAGAGUUGCCAAACUGUUCACCAUUACUACAUGCUCUAAUGAAGAUGUUAGAACAAUGGGAUGAAAUGUUAUACAGUAGAUUAGAGUUAUUUGCUUGUCCACCUGAAAGUUAUAUCCCUGGUUUACAUCUAGAUGUUACAACUGGUGUACCACAGUCUAAGUAUCAGGCCCUACUAAAUCCUUCUAAUACACCUUUUGUAAAUGACCAAUCAAGUUUACCAAUGAAAAGGUUGUGGUUUCAACUGAUUAAACAAGAUGUAUUAAAAGAUAUAUUUAUACGUUAUAUAUUUAGAAAUAAAAAACCUCAUCUUGAUAGUGCUGAUUCAAUGAGAACAACUACUACAGAUAGUGAUACACCAGCUAGAUCUCUAGAACCAAUGAAAAUAAUACAUAAAGAACAAGAUAUUAUUACAGCCUUUUCUAUCAACCAGGCCCACAUCUCUCUAUGUGGACGUAUAUUGUCGGCAUCCCUGUCCGUGCGUCCGUCAACAUUUGCUUGUAAAUGGUCUAAAAACUAG